CAGUGGAACUUAAUCCAAAAGCAAAGAUUCAGAAGUGAAUUCAGGGAUUUAUCAAUUCCUUUAUAAGCAUUAGGAAGUACUUAUAUCUUCUGCACAGCAAUGAGUAGCGACGACGUUGAGAUCUGGCCAGACGGUAGGCGUCGGUACAAGAGAAUAACAGUCAAGCAACAGGAGAGGAUGUUCAAAUUCAUUGAGGAGCAUCCACAACUCCUCCAGAGGAAGUACAAUAAAAAUUUCACAACGCUGCAGGCAAGACGACUCUGGGUUAAAUUUGGUGAAGCUAUAAAUGCUGUUGAGGGACCCAAGAAGACCUGGAUGAACUGGAAGAAGUCCUUUUUAGACAUGAAAUGUCGAAGAGAUAAGCCUGAAGGGAGAGGCUGCAAUCUCCAACUGCCUAACGUUCAACCUUCCGAUGGUCAAACACAUGAGGAUGAUCAUAUUGAUACUGAUUAUCCUGUAGAUGUGAACAAGCUUGAGCAUUUGACUGAAACAUCUCCUCCUGAGAGAAUUCAACCAUCAAGGACUUCCAAACGAAGCUCAAGGACAAUAUCCAGGAGAUCCGGGAGUAUAAAAAGCGAUCCUGAGAGUCCUCCAGAAGUUCACAAUGACAGCAAUGAAGAAAACUACAACUGUGACGAUUACAGCAAUAGAGAUGAGCUGCUUAGGAAGCAAAUUGAGGUGAUUGAACGACAAACGAUGGCAUUUGAAACUCUGGCUCAAUCAAUGCGUCUCCAGGCUGAGGUAUUCCUCCAGCUGUCCGAGUCUGUGGAUAAUCUUACAUCCGUUAUUAAGGAUUUGAAGAAGAGUUGAAAUUCCUUUUCAAAAUCAGACUUCUUAGAAUAAAGCACAUAUCAUAAGAAAUCUGCAAAAUGUUCUUCAAAAUAAUAAGCUCAAAGGAAGGAAGGAAGACUUAUGCAGAAGGACUCCUUCCGGAUGUGGCGGCAAACAGUUUUCAUUUUUGUACUGAAAGUUCAAGAUUU